GAGCUUCGAGGGGCUGAGCUUCGAUGGAGGACCACAUAAUAGGGCACAACAAAGAGAAGCGUUAUGAGUGCGACAUGUGUGGCAAGGCCUGGCAGCACCCGAGCCGGCUGGAGACCCACCGGCGGGUGCACACGGGAGAACGCCCCUUCGACUGCUCCGAGUGCAGCAAGCGCUUCAAGACGGCGAAGGACCUGAAGUCCCACCGGCGUUUGCACACGGGUGAGAAGCCCUAUGGUUGCUCCACCUGCGGCAAGAGCUUUGCCCAGUCGGCGGGGCUGAGGGAUCACCGGCGGGUGCACAGCUGUGAGCGGCCCUUCACCUGCUCUGUCUGCGGCAAAAGCUUCAAGUGGCCCACGGACCUGAAGGUGCACAGGCGCCUGCACACCGGGGAGCGCCCCUACACCUGCAGUGACUGUGGCAAGGGCUUCACCCGCUCCAGCCACCUGCUGAGGCACCAGCACACCCACACCGACGAGCGCCCCUUCAUCUGCGGCCAGUGCGGCAACGGCUUCACCCGCUCCAGCCACCUGUUGAGGCACCAGCAUACCCACACCGGGGAGCGCCCCUUCAUCUGCGCCCAGUGCGGCAAGGGCUUCAUCAGCUCCUCCAGCCUGCUGUCCCACCAGCAGCUGCAUGUCGGCAACCGUUCCGUCCGGUGUGUGGAGAACGCUUUUCCAUGGCCUCCCACGCCCUGUCUCACCAGCGUGUGCACACUAGUGGCCACCCCGACACUGCCCGUACUGCGGAUUCUCAAGGACACCUUACAAUUAAUACAAGCAUGAAACAAAAACAACAUAUACAGCAACAAUACACAAUUCGGAAAGAGAGCAACGGCAGCCAAUCCCGCCAGCGUUCACUCUCACCUCCAGCAGCCAUGUUUUCCGAGCCAUCUGCAGCAGACCAAUAAAAAUAAAACAACAUUAAAGAAUUUAACAUAAAAACCCCCCAACAUGUUCCCACUGUGAGGAACGGCAACAAAGUCCAGUCCACUUCCUCUUGUUCACCCAUGGUUGGGCCUAUUAGGCCUCCGCAGUCGCCGCAGCGGCGGCACAAUGUUACAGGCCCUCUCGCCGGAUGUCACACGGCGACCUGGGUAAGGCAUCGCCUGCUCCGUGAUGUUGCUUCAGCGCUGUGCCGCUGCCGAAGCUGAAGAUCUGGCCGGUCCCGGCAGGAAAGGAUGCUCCAGGCCCAUUGGUAGGCCGCGAGAAAGGGUCGAAGACGCGGCUCGGAGGAAAGCCGCAACUCCGACCAAGUAACAGACUACUGACCGACAUCUACGAACUCACUGACGCCCAUGGCUAUCUGGACUACACUUUACUGGACUACACCUUAAAUACCUGGGAGUCCACAUCACAGAAGAUCUGACAUGGACAACACACGCUGCCACAUUGGUGAGAAAGGCAAGGCAGUCCCUUUACCACCUCGGGCAGCUGAGGAAAUUUAGAGUCUCUGAGAAUCCUUCAGUGCUUCUACUAAGGGGCUGUAGAAAGCAUCCUGUCUGCUAACAACUCGAUCUGGUUUGGGAACAGCUCUGCCCAGGACAGGAAGGCUCUGCAGAGAGUAGUGAGUUCGGCCGAGCGCACCAUGGGAACUACAUUCCUCCCUCCCCUUUGCAGGACCUAUACACCAGGAGGUGCAGAUCCAGAGCCAGCAACUUAAGAAGGACUCCUACCACCCCAGCAAUGGACAGUUCCAGUUGCUACGGUCAGGCACACUGUCACACUGUGAAAACAGAGAGGAUGAGAUGGAGUUUCUUCCCACAGGCCAUCAGAACUGUAAACUCUAAUCUCACCAGGGACUAAUUUAUUGUUGUGUUGUGCCUUUUUUUAAAAA